CUGUGGUGCUGGUGGGAGGUGGCUGAGGCGGUGGGAGGAGGAGGGAGUCGUCAUUGCCGCCGUUGGCGGUAGUGUCCGCAACAGGGAAGGGGGCUGGCAGCUGCCCUGGCCUUCCUAGAAGUGGUUGCGGCGGUGGCGGUUCCGCUGAGGCUUUGCCAGGGUAACGCCUUGGUAGUGGUCGCGCCGUGUUGGGCUGUAAGAUGGCGGCGGCAGGCGGGGGCAGCAGCGUGAACCCCUUCCUCAGCGACUCCGAGGAGGACGAGCCCGAGGAGUCUAGGCCCGGCGGCAGCAGUAGCAGCAACGAGCCCGGAGGGCCGGUGUACCCGCGGCAGCAGCAGGAGGCGGUAGUGGCCGAGGGGAGCCCCGAUGAGCUGCCGGGUUUGCGUGCGGCGGCACCGGGCGAUGCUGGCGGCGGGGCGGGGGCGGGCGGCGGGACCUGUGCGGGGGAGCCGGCGCGGGUACCGAUGGACGCGAUAGCGGCGCAGCUUCUACGGGACCAGUUCUUGCUGACGGCGCUGGAGCUGCACACGGAGCUGCUGGAGAGCGGCCGGGAGCUGCCUCGACUCCGCGAUUUCUUCUCCAACCCGGGGAACUUCGAGCGGCAGAGUGGCACGCCGCCCGCCGGCGGGGCCCUGAGUGGGCUGGGCGGCAGCGUACUUGGGGGAGCAGGCGGCAGGGAGCCCGGGACCGGGCAGCUCAAUCGCGCUGGAAGCAUCAGUACUCUUGAUUCCCUAGAUUUUGCAAGAUACUCUGAUGACGGCAAUAGGGAAACAGACGAAAGAGUAGCAGUCCUGGAGUUUGAGCUGCGGAAAGCCAAGGAGACCAUACAGGCCCUCCGAGCCAACCUGACUCAGGCUGCAGAAAAUGAAGUUCCUUUGCAGGAACGAAAAAAUUACAAAUCAAGUCCUGAAAUUCAGGAGCCAAUCAGACCUCUUGAGAAAAGAGCUCUAAACUUCCUAGUAAAUGAAUUUUUAUUGAAGAAUAGUUACAAGCUUACAUCAAUAACAUUUUCAGAUGAAAAUCACGAUCAGGAUUUUGAACUUUGGGAUGAUGUAGGAUUGAACAUUCCAAAACCUCCAGACCUGUUACAACUUUAUCGUGACUUUGGAAACCAUCAUAUUACGGCGAAAGAUGUGGUGGAUGUAUCAGUUGGUGUAGAUGAUGAUGAGUUAGAGGCUGCUACUCCUGUACUUGGGAGCAUCCCUGUGUUUGAAACAACACCUCAGUCCAUAGAACAAUGUUUAAUAGUGCAAAAAUUAGAAGAUCAAAUUAGUGUGUUAAACAGUGAGAAAUGGUCUUUGAUGGAACAAAUCCAAAGACUUGAGAGCGAAAUAGACUUUCUCAAGAAUGAAAACUAUGCUGUGUCAACAGUUUAUGGUGUAGCUCCCCAUCCUCCUUUAAAACAAGUGCCUCUCACAGUCUCAGAGGGCAAUGGACGGUACUUGGAUAUCAGGAGCUCUGAGAAUGACAGUACGCAUGGAAACACUGAGGACACAAGCCUUUCUUUAUCAGCUGCAGUGGAUUCAAGGACUUCUAAAGAUGAAACACUAAAUUCUGUGCCCUGUAAGGAAACAGAGAAACUGUCCUCUUGUGCUUCAUCAACAAAAGCUGCAGUCCACUUUGAUAAACCUAAUAGGAAAUUGUCACCAACUUUCCAUCAAGCACUACUGUCGUUUUGUCGGAUGUCAGCAGACAGUCGUUUGGGAUCAGAGGUGUCUCGGAUAGCAGACAGUGAAAAAAGUGUCAUGCUAAUGUUGGGACGGUGCCUGCCUCAUAUUGUUCCUAAUGUGCUGCUUGCAAAGCGAGAGGAAUUGAUCCCACUCAUACUGUGUACAGCCUGCCUCCAUCCUGAACCCAAAGAGAGAGAUCAGCUUCUACACAUACUGUUCAAUUUGAUCAAACGACCAGAUGAUGAGCAAAGACAGAUGAUACUGACUGGGUGCGUGGCAUUUGCCCGACAUGUUGGACCAACACGUGUAGAAGCUGAGCUUUUACCACAGUGUUGGGAACAGAUCAACCACAAAUACCCAGAGAGACGGCUACUGGUAGCAGAAUCCUGUGGAGCUCUAGCACCUUACCUACCAAAAGAAAUCCGUAGUUCAUUAGUACUUUCCAUGCUUCAGCAAAUGCUAAUGGAAGAUAAGGCAGAUCUGGUACGAGAAGCUGUGAUCAAAAGCCUUGGCAUCAUUAUGGGAUAUAUUGAUGAUCCAGACAAAUAUCAACAGGGCUUUGAACUGCUGCUUUCAGCUUUAGGAGACCCUUCAGAACGUGUAGUUAGUGCAACACAUCAGGUAUUCUUACCUGCUUAUGCUGCCUGGACAACAGAACUGGGAAAUUUACAAUUCCAUCUUAUACCUACACUGCUUAAUAAAAUUGAAAAAUUGCUCAGGGAAGGAGAGCAUGGCUUGGAUGAACAUAAGCUCCACAUGUAUCUGUCUGCUCUGCAGUCACUGAUUCCAUCACUGUUUGCACUAGUGCUACAGAAUGCACCUUUCACAAGCAAGGCUAAACUUCAGGGAGAAGUACCACAAAUAGAAGUCACUAGAUUUCCCCGACCUGUAUCGCCUCUUCAGGAUGUGGCCAUCAUCAUUGGAAGCCGUGAACAAUUAGCAGUGUUGUUGCAACUGUAUGACUAUCAGCUAGAACAUGAGGGUACCACAGGCUGGGAGACUUUGCUAUGGGUAGUUAAUCAGCUGCUACCACAGCUUAUAGAAAUAGUUGGCAAGAUCAAUGUAGCAUCAACUGCCUGUGUCCAUGAGUUCUCUAGAUUUUUCUGGAGACUUUGUAGGACAUUUGGAAAAAUUUUUACAAACACUAAGGUAAAACCACAGUUCCAGGAAAUCUUAAGACUGUCUGAGGAAAACAUAGAUUCUGCAGCAGAUAACGGAGUGCUAACAAAAGCCACAGUUCCCAUCUAUGCAACAGGGGUCCUUACGUGUUAUAUUCAAGAAGAAGACCGCAAACUGUUAGUUGGAUUCUUAGAAGAUGUAAUGACCAUGCUUUCACUAUCCCAUGCUCCUCUUGAUAGCCUAAAAGCUUCCUUUGUGGAACUGGGUGCAAACCCAGCUUAUCAUGAGCUGCUGUUAACAGUCUUAUGGUAUGGAGUUGUCCAUACUUCUGCUCUUGUUCGAUGUACAGCUGCUAGAAUGUUUGAGCUGACUCUUCGAGGCAUGAGUGAAGCAUUAGUUGACAAGCGGGUUGCUCCGGCCCUUGUUACCUUGUCCAGUGAUCCUGAAUUUUCAGUAAGGAUUUCAACCAUUCCUGCUUUUGGGACCAUCAUGGAAACUGUAACUCAGAGAGAGCUUCUGGAAAGAGUAAAGAUGCAGCUGGCAUCUUUCCUGGAGGACCCUCAAUAUCAAGACCAACAUUCUUUACAUACAGAAAUCAUAAAAACAUUUGGAAGAGUUGGACCAAAUGCUGAGCCCAGAUUUAGAGAUGAAUUUGUUAUUCCACACUUGCUCAAGUUAGCCUUGGUUAACAACCAGCAGUCUGUGGAUUCGAAGAGACUGGAUAUCGCUACUCACCUGUUUGAAGCUUACAGUGCCCUUUCUUGUUGUUUUAUUUCAGAGGAUCUAAUGGUCAAUCACUUUUUACCAGGACUUAAGUGUUUACGAACUGAUAUGGAACAUCUCUCGCCAGAGCAUGAGGUUAUUUUAAGCUCCAUGAUAAAAGAAUGUGAACAGAAAGUGGAAAACAGGACCGUCCAAGAGCCACAGGGCUCAAUGUCGAUUGCGGCGAGCCUUGUGAGUGAAGACACAAAGACCAAGUUUUUGAACAAGAUGGGCCAGCUGACAACAUCAGGUGCAAUGUUGGCUAAUGUGUUUCAGAGGAAGAAGUAAGGUGGGAAAAGGAACCCCCAGCUAACACUAAAAUGGACCUCACAGAGACUGGUUCCUGUACUUGAAGUACUUGCCUUUUAAUUUCUUCUGUCUUAUGUUCUUGUAGUAUAAUUUUAUUCUAACCUCCAAAGAUAUUUGCACUGCUUUUGAAUAUCGCUGUGUAUCUGUUAAUAUUGGGUUACCUGUGGUUGAUAUAAAACUGAAAUCAUAGUCUGUACCAAGUCCCUGUUCUGUGUUCUUGUCUUUCCAGCAUAAUUUUUUUUAUAUAGUGGAAGGUUGUUUGGGGUUUGGGUUUUUUUUAUUUUAUUUUCUGACAGGAUAUCAGCAAGUAUCUGUAUUAUACAUGGAGCUAUUAUGACGGUACUUAAAAUAAUGUAAAUUUGAAGUCAUUGUCAUGAGGUAAUAAAAGUGGAGAUUACUUAUGUAUUUAAAUUAUGACAGAGUAAUGCAGAUUUUUUUAUGAUGUUUCUAAAAAGAAGAGGAAGAGCCACCAGCAUUUGUCUGUGCUUCUAGGAUUGUUUUUGUAAGUAUUGUGCAUCUUGAAUCCAGAGGAAUUGCAGUAACUAAUGUACGAACUGUUUGCACUUGCAUCAGUCUGCAGGGAAUGCUCAUGUUUCAGAUGCUUUACGCUGACAUUGUAAAUGCUGUACAAAGUCCUUCAGAUAAUAUUCUCACAUCUGUUGUGGUUUUUUGAGGGAUGUUUUCUGUUGUUGGGGUUUUUUAUUUUAAAGCACUUUAACAGCCAGUCUACACAUCCAGAGGCACAUCCACUAAGUAAAGGAAAAACAUGAUAAAUCAAUACAAGAUAAUAAAUGUAUAAACUAAUAUACUUAAGGACUAAGGGUCCCAGAACAGUCCUGCAGGCAGAGGGAAGUAGGAGAAAGAGUGCUUUCAUCUUGCACUCAGUGUGCACUUCUGUGUACUGUGAAAGCUAAAAUUAAGAUUUCUCUUUUAGUUGUCAUUUAGGUUGAAUCUCAGUUCAAAUUUAACACCAUAGUAUUUGAAAUUGUUAAGUUUGACAUGCAGUUUCCUUAAAAUGCUAGGUAGGCUGCAUACAUACUUUAUACAAAUGACAUUGUGAGGAGUAUCUUCAACAACUACCAAAUACUUUCGUUAGCAAGGAAGCAUUAACAACUAAAUCUUUCUAUUCUGUGCAGCACUUUCUUUUUUCUCUCCUUCUUUAUGUCGAUGUAAGCUUCUGAAAGUGAACUCAAGUGCAUGCAUGAACUGGUGUGAGGUUGCAAAAUAUGAAAGCUCAGGCAUUCUCUGACAUGGUUCCAUUCAGUUAGAAGCAUUAACAUCUUUGAGGACAGGGGAAGCAAAAGGCGUGAGGGAAGAAAGUACUCGCUUCUGAAGCAGAAUUGGGUGGAGUAGCACUUCAGGUAUUGCCCUUAGACAAAAAUAACAGAGAUAACUUGGGGCUUCUUCUGACUGCUUCAUGUCUGUGCCUGUUGGCUCUGCAUAUACAGUUGCCUGCCAUGUUUGUGUUGUGACAGGGCACACUUGCACACUGUCAGUCUCUAUACACUGCACUGAUGAAACAUGUUCUUGAGAUUACAGACAGCUCCAUGCCUUCGUAUUGCUUGUUACCAUGAAAGUAUACUUUUAGCAGACUGACUGUGAAAUGGAGACAUUCCUGAGGAAUGGGAAGUGGUGACAUUCCUCUCUAUUGUUCUGUUGUCAAUAAAAAGUUUUGUAUACCUGC